AUGACAUCUGUACCAACUGAAUUAUAUCAUCCUCAUCAUCAUUAUGAUUAUUAUCAACAAGGCACAAGUAGUAAAUUACUAACAACAUCAAUGAAUACGAUCAAUACGAAUGAUGAGAUGAUGCCAAUCAAAGUACAACGUGAAUUGGGUAUUAUUGAAAAGCUCUGCUCAACUUACGGAUUUGUCUACUGUUGUCAUCGAGAUGGACGAUAUUUUUUUCACUUCAGUGAAUAUAAAAAUGACAUUCAUCAAGCCAAAAUAGGAGAUGUAGUGGAAUUUGAAACAACAAUUGAUAAACGAAAAAAGAAACCAGUCGCUGUUAAUAUUACACCUGCAAGUCCAGAAAUCAUCGGAGAAAAUCGAGUGGAAGGAACUAUUGCAGUAGUUGCUCGACAACAAUCACCGCAACAUAAUGGUUUUAAUCAAUUCGAUUCUAUGCCAGAUGGUAAAGUCACCUACGUGAAAAAAGGUGAAACAUACUUUUUACCUUACGGUCUUUCGGAUCUUCAAGAUCCUGCCAUUCCAGUCAAAGUUGGUGAUCAGGUAUCGUUUCUUGUUGGUCAAGAUCGUCGUACGAAUCAGUUUUUUGCACGAAACGUUGCUUUACUUAAUAAAUGUCUUCCACCGUUAUCAUCAAAUGUCAAACGUUAUCGUGGUGUUAUAUCUACAAUGAAGGACAGCUUUGGGUUUAUUGAACGUGAAGAUGCGCUCAAAGAAAUCUUCUUCCAUAUCACGGAAUUCGGACCAAAUAUCGCAACGAAUAGUGUUCAACCAGGUGUAGAAGUCGAAUUCGAUAUUCAAGAUCGACAUAACAAAGAAGUCGCGUGUAAUAUAACUAUCCUACCGAAGGGCACAGUUGAGUUCGAUGAAAUUGAUAAAAUAUCGUACAUCGGUCGAAUAUUACAACCAUUAAAGUUGAAGAAGUCGGAUGACGCAUUAGCUGGUCGUUUACUAUAUGACUCCUUGGACAAAAAAAUGUCCGAAUUACCUUUUGGUGAACGUGAUCGUUGUGGUCUAUAUACAUUAUUAGAAAAUGAUAUUGUUCAAUUUUCAAUUGCCAAAGACAAACGUGAUGGAAUGAUGCGUGCUACCCAGAUCGCAUUACUCGAUCAAAGUUUCUUAAAAUCAAAAGAGCAACGACAAAUGGGUACUGUGAUGAAAUUAGAUAGUACUAUUGGUGGUCAGAUUAAAUGUUUAUUAUCAGAUCAAAUUGUUUCAUUUCGAUUCAGUGAAGUCAUGAAAGAUAAUUUCCAAAUCAGUGAAGGUGAUCCAUUAGAGUUUACAUUAGCCACAAAUCCAACGAAUGGAGAUAUGCCGCAAGCAAUUCGAAUCAAACUAAUAUCAAAAGAAAGUUUACUAAAUGGAAACAGUAAUGAAUUACGAUUGCUUGGUAUUGUUGAACGUGAUGCUAACGAUGGACGAUUAGAACGAAAUGGUCGAUCGAAUGAUGCACUAGAUAUGAAACAACAAAUCAAUGGGAAUGAUGCGCUAACGGCACCUAUUAAUCGUCAACAAGAACCAGGAAUUAUUCGAUAUGUGUCCGAUGGAAUCGAAUGUACAAUACAGUACCUUUCCAGCAACCUAAGCAAUACCUCGACGCUGUAUUGUGGAGACAAGGUCGAAUUUACAAUGACGAUGAAUAACAAAUUUGCAUCGAAUGUAACACUAAUUGAACGCAAUCGUCUUUGUGGAUGGAUUGCAAUCAUUCGUGAAGGCAAAGGUUUUAUCGAACAAAAUGGCGCAACAGAUAAUACGGAACCUGUGGUGUUUUCAACCAAUGCAUUAACAGGUGACAAUGCAUCAAUCGAUUUAGGUGAUGAAGUCGAAUUCAGUCUACGAAAAGUUUCGGGUCGUUUCGUUGCUGAAAACAUUCUCAAAGUACCAUUAACAAUCGACAAUUAUUACUCAAUCCUUCCAACGAUUCAUCGAGGUCGCAUUGUAUCUCCUGUUCGAAUGAUCAGUAAUGAUGAAUGUGAAGUCAUCGGGCGAAUACAAAAGCUGACAGACGAUGGUAUGCCAGGCGAAUGCUAUAACUAUAGUAUAACAGGUGUGAAAAACAAACGUGUGAUCCUGUUGCCGAACGAUUCAGUUACAUUUUCUGUUGCUGUUGGACUCGAUUAUUCGAAACGUGCUGUGAAUAUUGUCUUGGAAAAUGAAGUGCGCAAAGGAAAAGUUGAUACAGUUAAAGGACAGUUUGGUUUUAUUGAUUUCGCAUGCGAAGAAAACAAGAAAAUCUUUUUUCACAAUUCGGAAAUCGAUGGCGGGUUUGAGUUACGUGCCGGUGACGAAGUCGAAUUUUAUGCUCAAUACAAUCUAAAGAGUGGCAAACCAUGUGCUAGCAAACUACGACGCAUUAAUAAUCUUCAACGUCCUGAUAGAUUAAUAACCAAACUGAAAUCGAUUAAUUUCGAUGAGAAUACUCGUCAAAAACUAGUUAUCGUUCGACAACCGCGCAACGCUGAUGAGAAGUCCAAAGGCUUCACAAGUGCCCGUGUCGAACGUGCACCUGGUGUUUUAAUGAAAGCUUAA